CUGCGUUCUAUUGGCCAGUCGGAUUUGAUUGCGGAAGUGAUUACUUUUCUCUCGCAGUUGGCAGGCAGGCAUUAUUUGCUUAAAACAAAUACUUUCCCAAACAUGUAUACAACACAAAACAUCGUCAACUCAAUAACAUCGAUUUGAAUAGCGAAAACAAUUGAUUGACUUCAUAACAAGAAGACUGUGAAGACUGUCUACACGGGCGUGUGUGACGCGUCUCUUCCUACAUUCAUCGUGUUGACGAUCGAGAAUUGCUUUCAUAUUCGCUAACUACGGGUUUUUUACACUUUGCCCGCUAGUCAGUCGGGAUGAAGCCUGGAGUAGGGGCAUGUCAGGACCCCUGUCAGGGUGGUCCGGGGGUGGGUGACAGGGGGGACGACACCCUGGUGUCUCUACCCCCUAAAGACACCCCUGGCUCACCCGCGGGGUCACCCUCAGAUUUGGGAAGCCCUGGCCCCCGCCAGGUCGCGACCUUUGACCUGCUCAAGAUGGUGGUGUCUUACAAGAGGAUGGCCCUGUUUCUGGAGCCUCUCACUGACACGUUGGAGCUGGCCCGCUACCUACUGGGGUGGAGGAUGCCUCUGUGCUCACUACUGGUCUGUGUACUGCUCAACAUCCUCUUCCUCACUCUGAGUGAAGUGGGGUGGUUCUCUGUGUGUGUUCUGGGGGUGUCUGCCCCGGCUGCCCUGGGUUACCUGCAGGACAGGUGUGGGGGCGGGGCGUCGGAGGCGGAGCAACAGAAGAGGCGGUGCCACGCGGUGCAUCGUAAGGACCUCCAGAACAUUCAGCUCACCAGACAGGACGCCAUGUUGGAAGUCAAGGACCUGUUAAAGCAGCUAGAUGACCUGUUGUCUCAUGCCUGCCUGUCUGCUGAGUCCGUCUACAAGCUCCUGUACUGGGAGAGCCACUCUGAGUCCUCUAGGUUCUAUGGUGGCCUGUUAGCUGUAUUGAUGCUGCUGUAUUCUGUCCCUGUGGGCUGGGUGCUGGCCUGUCUCACUACUGCACUCUUCCUGUGGAAUCGAGACUUCUGCAGGGUUGUGUUGGACCUAAGGGAGGUGGUCCAGUCUGGCCAGAACCCAUCCUCAGAAGGAGAGAUGGACCUCACAGAACCGGACCACAGCAGCCUGGACCGGACUCCCACUGCUACCAGCUUAGAGGACCUGUCCCCGGGCAGCGUAGAGGAGGCUGAGGAGGCAGAGCCUGAUGAUGAGUUCAAAGAUGCCAUCGAGUUGACUCAGGAGCCCCAUAUCUCCCUGCAGGAGGAUGAUGACAUAAGUUCAGAUUUGGACACCAUCUCCAUCACCUCAGACAACGGUCUGCUGAGCCGCAACGAGCCAAUCCGCAGUAAGGUGUCCAAACUGACGGAGAAGCUACGCAAACGCUACCCCACCAACAACACAGGUAACUGUUCCAGCUGCAGUGCAGUCUUCUCAGUGGUGAAGAGAAGGCGGAGCUGUAGUAACUGUGGCAACAGCUUCUGCUCCAGAUGCUGCUCCUACAAGGUCCUCAAGGCCUGCAUGGGUGUCACAGCUCCAGAUGCCCAGAGAGAGACGGUGUUUGUUUGUGCUGUCUGCAACUCCACCCUCAGCAAGUGAGAAAUGACUACCACCUCCUACCCACUCAUGGAGACCCAGGGAGGGUACUGCCCCUCCUACCCAGGGUUCGAAGCUCCUUGGCUGGGUAGAGCCCGCGGCAGAUCAGCCUCUACCCCUGGGGGUGGUUCAAAACCCCAGGUUGUCUGGUUCUCUGGCUCCAGCCCAGGUGACCAGGGUUAUUAAGAUGAACCAGUCCCAAAUGGCAACCUAUUCCCUAUAAAUUAUUCCCUAUAAAUUACACUGCUUUUGCCCAGAGCCCUAUGGGCCUCCCUAUGGGCCCUGGUCUACAGUAGUGGACUAUAUAGGGAAUAGGGUGUAAUUUGGGACACUACCACAGACUCCCAUCAGCUUGUGUUGCAUUGAGAUUUAUCCUGUACUGUCAUUCUGUCAUGGAGGUCCUGAGAAUGCUGAGGUGUGUGUGUGUGUUUUAUUGUAUAGGAUAUGCUAUGCUAUAGAUUGACCCUGUUAUAACUUAUCCAUUCUGUAAUGGUUUUAUAUGUUGGUCCUAAUGUUAAUUUAAUGGCUGUAAAGACAGGAUGCUAAAGACUAUACCUCAGUCCUAAAUGGCAUUCCCUAAUCCCCAUGGAGCAUAACCUAACCCCAUGGAGCAUAACCUAACCCCAUGGAGUGAUUUCCAGAGGUGAUCCCAGAGCUGUGUUCAAAUACUCAUACUAGCUGUACUAUUUGUGAUGUAACAUUGAGUAUGUAGUUAAGUACUUAUUGGAUAUAGUAUGCCAAACGUUCCUGGAUGUCGUACUAAAUUCACCUAAAUAUGAAGUAUACAAGCAGUGGACACUAUUUCUGUGCUUUUAGGGACCAUAAUGCAAUUCUUCAGAAAAUGGGCGUGGCUUCACCGACGUUUUCAGAUUUGAGGAAAAUGGCCGACGAGAGCAGAUAGAAAUGAAUUGCUUUAGGAAAAUGUUGAGCAAUGUAAUGACUUUUCAAACAAGUUAAAUGUUAUGUUGGCUGACAAUUUAUUAGCUACGCUGUCCUUACGAACCACAGCAUGUCAUUCAGCAGUAUGUACCGGGCUGUUAGCUAGCUACCUAACGGUAGUUGGCUACUAAUAACAUUGAACUUGCCAGGUAGUAUAUUAACUAUCUAGCUAACUACCCAAUGUUUAUUGACUUGAUUAUUCACAUCAUUCUUAGCUAAGUGGUAGAGUCGCCAUCUCCCAUCUGUGUGCCAGUGCACAGAAUAGCUGAAUGAAACGCGUUGAAUAUGGCCGGUGUCAGUAAACGUUGUCAAGGGAAAAAAGCGUUAUUAAAUUGUUGCCUGCAGCACAGUUAGUCACCAACACUCUACAUAAAAUGAAAACUGCCUAACCAGCUCUGCUAGGGUGAGUAAAAUGGUCAGAGUGAGGGUUUCUCUCAUUUGUGUCUGGAGGUAGCUAGCCAGUUAGCUUGGGUGCUUGACUGCCAUUGUGAGAACAGAACGCUCGGAUCAACCCUACUCCUUGGCCAGAGCGUCUAGUGUGGGCUCCGAGACCGAAACGCUCUGGAUUUACCAACGGACAACGCUUUACGAACGCACCCCAUAUUGAAUUUACAGUCGAAAUCGCAAAAUGUCUAGCUAGUAAUUUGUUAUGCUAACAAGCCAGCAAGAGGUUGCAUAGCAACAGCAUCAACUUCUGGUAGACAGGCGAAGUGCUAGUACACUCAACUGAAAGGAUACCCUUCGUUUCCAGUAUUCUAAAAUGAACUAAUAGUAUGUAGUAUACAGGAGGUUGGUAUGGGUACUUGAACACAGCACAGGCUUUAGAUUGACACAUAAGAAUGUACAUGUUACACUUUUACCAUUGUGAUCACCAAUAUUCAAUCCACUGAAAGUUUAUAUUUAUCCAAUUUAUUCAUUUGAUUGAUUAGCUUGACAGAAUGGAGGAGUUUGUUUACUCUUCAUUGCUUCAAUAAACUGUGAUUUUGAAUGUUUGAAAUUAA